AUAACUUAUAACCCAUUCCUUUGCUAACGCAACGCAGAUAGGCGGGCUAGCGGCAGCCUCCAGCCGUCAACAUACUUGGUCCAGGGAGGAGCGGUGGUCUGCAGAACACAAGGAUGGCUAGGACCUUCUAUUCCCGCCUUUCCCCCCUUCCUUCGCUUUUCAGAACCCACAGCUCAUUUCUCCCAUCUUUCAGACUACGCACGGCGCUUCCUAGUUGUGCGAGAACUCUUUCGCCCCCCGCCGUUUAUGGCCGAUUUUCUCCCGCUUUACAAGUUUCCUGUCGAUCGUAUGCUCGACAGAGGGGAAAGGGCUAUGAUCUCUUUGGCAGUGUGAAGCCAGGGAAUGAAGAUUUCAAGAAAGCAUGGAAGAACUCGAUGGAGGAAGAAGACACUUCUCUAUGGACAGCAAGUGGAGAUGAAGAUGAACCCAAUGAACACCUCAGCGAUUUGCAAAAAGAGAUUCGGAAGGUGAGACAGCAGGCGAAACAGCACUCCGACCUUAUAGAUGCUGAUGACAGUGAUGAGUUGGCAAGUGUUUGGUCUGGGAGUGACGAGGAGAAGAGCUUGUGGACCGGUAGUGAGAUGGAUGAUGACGACGACGCUCCCACUGAAGCACAUCCAAACGAAGCCAGUGAUAAGUACAUAGACAGAUUAUUUGAGUUCGAGGAAAAGCCCAAGUACAGGACAUUAUCAGAAAUGCUGAAAGCAGAAGACGAACCCGAAGAGUUGUCCCCAGGGAAGCAAGCCAGGAAACUUGCAGUUGAAAAUGCAUUGAAAAAGCUGAAGAAAGGGCCAGAUGGGCGUUAUAUCAAUGUGUGGGAAAUCAUGAGCGAUAUGGACAUUCUGAUUGGAGCAUUUGAAAAUGUUGUCUCUGGGCCAGAGUAUGAGGAGCUUCGCAAAGGAGGGCCUAAGAAGUUGAAUAUGGAGUUCUUCAAGGAUAUACAGGCACGCAUGAGAGAUCCUAAUUAUAAGUUCUCACCUGAGUUGAAAUUAAAACCCAAGAGCAAACUUGUACCAAGAAAGAAAUGGCAGAAGGCCCAGUCUCGCCGCCGAAAAGCACAGAAACGUUAAGAUACAGCCAUCCCAAUUGAAGUGAAGUGAAGUGGGUUUAGCUAGCGAUCACUGUUUCAAAUGGCGUUGAAGAGAAACAAAUAGAGAAUCAUUCAAGUAUGCCAGAGCAUUACAUCCCACAGUGUAACUUCAAGGUUCGAACUUCGAAGGACCUUCCAAUAGAUGGGAAGAAAUAGAUGAGAUGGAAUGUAUCAUUCUGUUAUUUUGUACGAAACUGUUCUUGCUCAGACGAAUGCCAGAGUGGUUAAUAGUUGAGGUAUCAUUUCCUUGUCUUCGUCUUGUAGUCUUCUAAAAUAGUAUGAACAACAUGGGUUCAUUUUGAUUGCUGCUGCUUUGUUCUUUUAGACCAAGUUACCUCCUCUGUUACAUACCAGCAUAAUACGGAGAAUUACGGAGAA